AUGUGGGCGCUGCGGGCCCUGUGCCUGGCCGGGCUGGGCUGGGCGCUCGGCGGCGGCGGGGCCGGGGCCGAUCCGUGCGGCUGGAGGGGCAGCGGGCUGUCGCAGGAGGCGGGCAGCGUGGAACAGCUCUCCCUGCACUGCGCCGAGGGCUCGCUGGAAUGGCUGUACCCCACCGGAGCCCUCCGCCUCCGCCUGGCCCCCCGCCUGCCCCCCACCACCGCCGCCAUCAAAGACAGGAGCCCCCGGCGUGUCACCGCCUGCGUCAAACCCGCCGGCACGUUCCGGGGGGCUCAGCUCUACCUGGAGAGGGAAGGGGUGCUGGAGCUGCUGCUGCCCGAGGCGCCGCGGCCCCGCGCCCGCUGCUUCAGCUGGCUGCCCCGGGAGAAGGUGGCUCUGUUCCUCCAGGCCACCCCGCACCGCGACAUCAGCCGCCGCAUCGCCGCCUUCCGCUACGAGCUGCGGGGGGACUGGCUGGCGCACCCGGCGCUGCCCGCCGCCGAAGGGGCGUGUCGGCCGUGCAACGACACCGAGAUCCUGAUGGCCAUUUGCACUAGUGACUUUGUGAUCCGCGGCAGCAUCCGGAGCGUGUCCAACGACGUGGAGCUGCAGGAAUCCAUCAUCGGCGUGAGCGCCGCCCGCAUCCACCGCCAGAAGCUGCCGGUGUUCCAGGCCGGGGGGCGGCCGGCGGGCAGCAUCCGCACCCCGCUGCGCUGCGGCGUCCGGCCGGGCCCCGGCACCUUCCUCUUCACGGGGUGGCUGCACUUCGGCGAGGCCUGGCUGAGCUGCGCCCCGCGCUACCGGGACUUCCAGCGCAUCUACGGCGCGGCGCGGCGCCAGCGCCUCAACCCCUGCGAGUUCCCCCUGGACUGA